AAAACCGCUGAGCUAUGUACUCUAUAACAUACUUACGAACUAAUUCAUCAUUAUUUUGUAUACUGUGACCCCCUGGCAUUGUUUUUGUUUUGUAUUAAUGUUCUGUGUUUUUACUGAUUGUAAUACCUGACUUUCAAUAAAGUAAAAAAAAUAGAAGAAGGAAGAGGAGGGCGGUGCAGGAAUAAGAAGAAGACGACACCGGAAGAAGACAUAUUAUUGUUGAACAGGACCAGGAAGGAGGACUGAGAUAGAGACGGUAAAGGUGAGCCAACAUGGGGAUUUUAGCUAGCUUAUUAAGAAUGAAGAAAGAAAUGAGGAUCCUGAUGGUAGGACUGGAUGCUGCUGGAAAAACCACCAUCCUAUACAAGCUCAAACUGGGAGAAAUUGUUACCACAAUCCCUACAAUCGGUUUUAAUGUUGAGACAUUGGAGUACAAGAACAUCAGUUUUACAGUGUGGGAUGUGGGUGGUCAGGACAAGAUCCGACCACUCUGGAAGCAUUACUUUCAAAACACACAAGGCCUUAUCUUUGUAGUGGACAGUAAUGACAGAGAGCGAAUUGGUGAGGCGAAGGAGGAGCUGAUGCGAAUGCUGGCUGAAGAUGAGCUGACGGAUGCUGUGCUGCUGGUGUUUGCCAACAAACAGGACUUGCCCAAUGCCAUGAAUGCAGCUGAGAUCACAGACAAGCUGGGUUUACACUCCCUACGUAGUCGAAGCUGGUAUAUCCAGGCCACGUGCGCCACCACUGGAAAUGGUCUCUCGGACGGUCUCGAUUGGCUUGCAAGCACAUUAAAGAAAGGAAAAUGAUCCAUUUCGAGGCUUCCAGUCUGUCAUCUCGACGGGGGACUGUACAGGUCCUGCUCUCGCUUCUUCUCUCUCUUUCUUCCAAAGCUUUGGACCUUUGGCUAGUGCUUCUCUGCAUCUGUGUACUGUGGACAUGUUUAAUUUUGGAUGAAUGAAUUUGAGUGGGAGUGGUCGUGUUGUGCCUUGAUCAAAGUUAACUCCCAAGCAGCUCAUUCCUCCAGUGUUGGCACAUUAAAAAGGGCACUUGUCUCCAGUAAAAGAAAGCAAAGAAUGACACAGGACAUUGAGUCCUUUGUAAUUUUAGUUUUUACAUUUCUGAGUGACGGCUGGCUGCUGUAUUUAGGUUUUCUACUUCUGCAGUGAACACUGGAUACGUAUUGAUUGUAGUUUAUGGUUUAAUCUUUCAGAUUUUUUAAGUUUCAAUCCUCGAGUGUGAAUACUGCAGGUCCUGUUAAUGGUCAGAAUGUCUCCAGCAUCUGUUCCUGAAUAUCCAUUUGUUGAGUAAUUUCUUCAGUUUUUUAAUUCAAUUCAGAUAUUUAUUAUCCUGUGGCCUUGUUUUAACUGUGUCAAAAAAAGCAAUAUGUUACUGCGUAUGUUUACAUAAAUGGAGUGCGUGUGUGCAUGCGUGCGUUUGUGUGUGUAUCCCUGUGGUGCUUCGUGGGUUUCAGCUACAUCCUUAUUUUUGGAGUUUCUCUCUCUAUUUUAAGUGGUAGCCUUAUUCUCUAUUAUAUGUAGCUCUUUGGUUUUCUAUUUUAUUUUUAUUUUUUAAUGUUGGUGCACGCGCGACAUGGUUUACUUUAGCAUGAGCUGACGUGCAGGCCAGACGUGCAGCUUUUUGAGUUAAAUGCUCUCGGGACCAUUCAGAAAGCGCUCAUUGUGUUUGAUUGAGUUUUUGAUCCACCUGUGAGAUCGCCCCCUCCUUUGUCUCCUAGAGCAGGAGUUCUCAACCUUUUUGAGUCGCGACCCCCAAUUUAACAUGCAUGUUGUCCGUGACCCCCACUCACUGAACACAAUCUCACACGCACAGUUCAGAUCACCCAAAAAAGAAAUAAAAUCACAAAAAAAAAGGAAACAAAAUGACCAAAGACACAAAAUGACCAAAAAAAGAAACAAAAUGACAAAAAAAGACACAAAAUGACUAAAAAAAGACACAGAAUAACCAAAAAAAAGGAAACAAAAUGACCAAAAAGACACAAAUUGACCACAAAAUGAUAAAAAAAGACACAAAAAAGGACACAAAAUGAAAAAACACACACAAAAUGACCUUGAAAAUGACCCUGAAAAAAAAGACAUUAAGUGACCAAAAAGACUAAAACACAUUAACACAUGAACACUUUAACACAGUGGAGACAGAGCUGACUUCCAAAAUGAUUUGGCGACCCCCAGAAAUCAUCUCGCGACCCCAAUUGGGGUCCAGACCCCAAGGUUGAGAACAGCUGUCCUAGAGGACACACAUGCUGUUGACCAAACCGUCCUCACUGUUAUGUUGGUACGGUUGAAUUGCAAAGUGUUUGCUCUCCAUGAUUCAGCAAUAUAAAUGCUUCCUUGGUGCUUCAGGCUUAAAGGUGUUUUCCCCAAUGUAGCCAGGGUGUUUCCCUCUGGUGCUAUUUGCACAACCUUGUCAGACAACACAAUCCCAUGCUAAGACAGUGCUUUAUCCAUCUGUCUUUGCAAUGAACACACAGCCAAUAACCCUUCCCAUUGCUCUACAAGAAACCAAUCUUGCACUGUGCCCACCCCUUGCUGCAAAAGGAUGACUCUCAGGUCAUAAUAUUACACUGACCUCUAAUGGAAAACUUAUUUUCCCUUCUAUAACUAAAAAAUUAAAUGUUUUCUUUGGAAGUUUGAGUAACUGGUCAACUAUUAUUUUGGGUUUUUUAAUCUUAUCCUGGGGGCAUUUCUUAAACAUCGGUUGGAGUUCAUAGGAUAUGUAACGAGGUCUGGUAUACAGUGACAAAUGUAUAGAAUAUUUUUGUAAGAAAGUGUAUUUUAACUUGACAUCCUUCACCAAGCCUGGUUGAGAUGUGAAGCUUCAAUUUUCAAGAUGGUUUCUGUACAAAUGACAAGGUAUGUGUAUGCCUUUAUUACCUUGUGCUUUUUUAAAAAAAAAACCCUCAUUUUGUAACCUUAUAAAGGCACUGUAAUAAAGAGAUCUCUAUUAUCC